AACGUUACGUGGUCACGUCGAACUGAGAAAAGAGUGAUACUCAUAAAAUCGCAAUUUGUUCACCUCAACGGUUAUAGUUUUGGUGUAUAGAAAUGUACUCCACAUACUCGGGUUGCGCUUAAUCGUUCGCUCACUCUCGCAGCAGCAACAACAAUAACCGUGAGGGCGCAAUUUUGUUUCGUCAACGAUUUUGGUACUUUUUCUAAUGAUAGACUCUUGUGGCGCACUUAUCUCACCCUGUAGAAGUGAUUUGUAUCGUGGAAAUUUGUGUUCGUGGAAUAGUCAGGAACUAAAGAUUCUGUACAACAAAUAACUUCCCGCAAGAUGUUUUGCUGGAGUACGAAUUGAAGUGAUUUUGUCAGCAACAUCCUCGGAAAACCUUGAACUAUACGAGGAGUAAGAUUGAGUGGAAGGUAAAACCAGCAGCAGCACUGUGAAUGAUUCACGUAUAAAGAAAGCGCGAAGAAAGCAGCAUGUUUGUGAUAGAGCGUGCUGCGGUGAUAUAAUAUAUGAAUCGUUACUAGAGUUGAUUGGGCAGUUGAAGAAUUUUCUUUUUCGGACAAAACAAUUUAAUCAUGAGUUUGGCGCUCAAUUUCGAACGCAAGUGUCGUACCUGCGGUACAGAUAUCUUGGAACUAACGUGUGGGAUACCCAUCUUUGGCAGUGGACUUCAGCUGGAUCAGAAAAUCCAUCGCUAUCUAGGACUAAAUAUCGCACUACACGAUGAUCUCCCCAAAUUCCUCUGCGCCACGUGUUUCAUCAAAGUCGAAAGCAUCGACAAAUUUGCCAUCCUUGCCAAGAAAACCGAGGAAGCCUAUCUCGGUUGGUUCAAAUGCAUUCGUGCCAAUCUAGCGAAGCACAUUAGUCCCCAGCCGCCACCGUUGGCUCCGGUGCGACAUGUCAUCUCCACUUCCACCUCAGCAGCCCCGAAACCGGGACCCUCGAUCGCACCGAAAAUCGACUUCACCGCCCUUAAACAAGCCGUUGCCGAACAGAUCAACCAGAAAGAUGCACCCCUGGGUACGGCUCUGAAUCCGAUUCGAUUGAUCAAACCGGAAAUAUCGAUCGUUUCGUACAGUGACCUGAAGUUGGGUCUGUUGAUCAAAGAUCAAGAAUUGCUCAAACUCAUACUGAAGGCGUUGCGGUGGGCUGAACACGAUCAGAGGGCUACAUUUGAUGUGUUGAUUCAGCGAUUGAAGAGUACAACAUUUAGGGAAAUUUUGUCCAAUCCGAAUCUAUUGAAUGACAGUGAUCUUACACAGUUAUUGAAGUCGUAUAUUGGACAAGAAGCGUUCAAUAAAUUUUCUAGUGGUAACGGAAACUCCUCUGGAGUAAGCAAUAUUGAUCUCAGUAAUAGAGGUGUCACCAUUAAACCCAUUAUUAACAUUUCACCAGUAAAGGGGGAGAGAUCGCAGGAUAACAGUGAAACGGCUUCAUGUUCCAAUGUGAGGUCACUCUUCAAGAGAGAACCCUUGCCACUCAAAGAGGAGACCGUCACCCGAAUGGAAGUUGGAGUUGAUCCCAACCUGUUUAUUGAUGACGAGGAGAGUCAAGGAAAAUCUAAAGUGGAAGCUAAGAAGAAAACCGAGAACUUUGUCACUAUUCAGCUAAUACCAGCUAGUUCAGCGACAAAAGGCAAUACGAAGCACGAGGAAAAGAUAUCUGUGGACUCUCUAACUUGCAGUACUCUUGAAAUCGAGCAGUGUUCAAGUUGUUCGAAAACUUUCCCAACUAGCGCAGAAUUGCAAAACCAUGUUAUAGAAAACCAUUUGAACAAAACACGUAAUUCCACGUUGAUCACACCACCAGAAAAGAAAGUGAUCAAAAUUCGCGUUAAAAAGAAUAAAGAGCAUGUAACCGUACCUAUUCCGGUGAUCCCUGAAUCGCUGCCAGUAUCAAUCCCGCCGACAACGACAAUUACGAUGAUCCCGACACAAACAAAGUCCAUUGAAAUAAAAUCAACCGAAGCGGAAGCGCAAAGCCAAAGUAUCGAUCCACCACAGGUUCCGGUAUUAAACCUACAGAAACCAACCGAAUCUACGAAAGUCCAGAGCGAGAAAUCCAGACGGAAGCGUGACAUCAAAUGGACACUCAAAAUCGGACCCAAACGCACCAGAAGUCAAGGCUCCAAUCUGGCGUGCAAUGUGUGCAAAAAACGCUUUACGUUGAAGAGUAAACUGGCGCUGCACAUGGAAUCACAUUCCAUCCUGAAGAGCAAGCACACCUGUGACAAGUGCGAUCGCGUGUUCCGAACGGCUGCCAAUCUGGAAAAGCACAAGCGAUUUCACGGCGGCGAGAAGUUUCCCUGCGAUCGCUGUCGCAAGGUUUAUCCCACCAGUAGUAUGUUGAAGACGCACCGGCUCGCACACAGUGACGACCGGCCGCACCGGUGCACAAUCUGCGAGAAGACAUUCAAGCGGAAUCAGGACUUGAAGUUUCACCUUAACCAGCAUACUGGAGCGCGCCCUUUCAAAUGCCCCCAAUGCCAGAAGUCGUUUGCCAGCUCGGGAAAUUGCUUUUCGCACCGGAAACGCAUGCACCCCUCGGACAUCACUGCGGCCGAGGAAAGGGAGGCGCAAAAUUCCCCAAAAUCCGUUAAGAAGCAAUAAAAUUACCUUGUUGUUAAAUAUUUUUUAGUCGGUUUAGGAUGAAUUUCCUCCCCAUUAUGAAUUCAAACGUUGAAAUACACAUCCACUGUGAUAAAAAGUACAA